AUGGCUAGAAGAAAAAAGGGUGUUCAUUUACUGUUCUCCUGGCAUUACAAAGUUGAUACAUCCCCUUUCCUCUACAAGAAUUGUCUCAAAUCUAUGGACAGUAAAAACUCAAAGCCCUCGUCAACUCGAGACGCUACACUAGUUUUACUCACGACUGAUGUUUCGAAUUUUCAUUGCUUGCACAUGCACUCAGGCACAGGCUCGGGCCAUAUUGCCGCCGUGAGAAGGUACGAAAACAUCACUGCUCAACGACACAAUGUAGUCAAUGGCAGCAAGAAUAGAAGGUUUGUUCAUGUAUGGAGUGAGCUCUCCCUCUCUUGCCAAACUCUGCUUCGUGAAUAUAUUCGGGAACUCAUGCACGAGCGGCUUUAG